ACGUUGGCUCCUCCCACUGUCGCAAACUGAGACGGUUUACUACUCAAGAAUUUACGGCAACCGUGGCAAGAAGGAAUGAGGUUACACUUUCUUCAGCCGUUUCACUUGAGUGUCUCUUUUCCAGGAUGGACCCUGUCGUGCUAAGCUACCAAGACAGCCUGCUCCGACGCUCUGACGUGUCCCUCCUCAAAGGACCCCACUGGCUUAAUGAUCAAAUCAUCGGAUUUGCUUUUGAGUACUUUGCCAGCGAGCGCUUCCGAGUACUAGGGGAGAGCGUCAUUUUCGUCAGCCCAGAGGUCACACAGUUUAUCAAGUGUGCCUCCUGCCCAGAGGAGUUGGCCAUGUUUCUUGACCCUCUGGAGCUGGCCUCACGUCGUUGGGUUUUCCUUGCCGUCAAUGACAAUUCUGACCAGAGUGCCGGUGGGUCGCACUGGAGCCUUCUGGUAUAUCAUCACAAGUCCAACCACUUUUCUCACUACGACUCUCAACAUGGUAGCAACUCUCCGCAUGCCCAACGUAUUGCUAGCAAAUUAGAACCCGUUUUGGGUGCAAAGAAUAAGGCCACGUUUGUGGAAGAACCCUGUCCUAAACAACAGAACAGCUAUGACUGCGGCAUGUAUGUCAUUUGUAUAGCUGAGGCAUUGUGUGAGGACCCACAACUGGCUCUGCAAACUCUCACUCCAGACUUUAUUAAACAUAAGAGAUCAGAAUGGUUUUUAUUGAUCCAGAAUCUUGCACAGAAGUAGCGAUGGUGUGCUUUUCAUUUUUAACAACACUCAAUUGUUAGGAGAACUCUAUGUGCACAAGUGCACAAUACAUGUAAGUUUUAUUUAUUCUAUUUUAACAAUGUUAUCCACACAUGUAUCCUCUGCUGGAGCCACAUAUGCAUUCAAGUAUGGUUCAACAAACCUUAUUUCAAUUUACAGACCAUCUGUAAUGGAAGAAAGUGACAAUAUUGUGACUCUUUUAUGAUUCAUUCAACCAUUGCUGUCAUGUUUAUUGCUAAUGUAAGCGCAGCAUCACAUGAAAUGUCAACAAGAACACCAACAUGCCCAUAAAAGGCAAGUAGUCUCUUAUACAUAUUAAGUGAGGAUGGAGUCAACGUAAUUUAUCACUUUGCUCCAUUUUGAAGUUUGGUUAACACAUGUUAAUGGUAGUUUCCAGAUGGACAGAAUUGAUGGAAUGUAAAUUUGGCUCCAUAACACUAUUUUUGGCUUUCAUCAUACUGUGAAUUGUAUUUGAAAGGUGAACUCAUCAGCAUUGUUGGCUUUGAAUGAUGUACUUUAUUUAAUAA